CUAUCUUAAACAAUGGACACGCCUAUUUUUCCUCAGAUCUUAAGAAUGAUUAUUUGAAAUCAAAGAAAGCAAAAUUGGAUCGAACUCUCGGUAAGACAAGAGGUCGUUGACCUUUCGGGUAGCAGAGCCCGACUCAAGUGGCCGUGAGAGAAUUUAAAGAAGAGGCGGAAGGGCGAAAGUGCACGUCUUACCUUCUGAAGAGAUUUCGCUUAUCAGAGAACACUCGAGGGCUAAUUUUAAGCCUUUUUCCGAAGGCGAGACUCGCGUGAACGACUUUUAGUCAUUGUAAUGAUCAGCCAUCAUGGCGUGGCCGGCAGCGACGACCCUGACGAGUCUCCUGGUGCUGCUGCUGAUAACGCUUGCGACAUGCUCCUCGUCCAGGAUUAUCGCCACCACCCAGGCGCCAUUUGGCAGAAUUCUAAAGGCCGUGAAAUUGCACGGAGGAUACAUGGAAGUGAUCCAGGAACAGAGAUGCUCCCACGGUCUGCUUCGAUUGACGUGCAGAUCAUUGAAAGCGUUCAUAUUCAUCUUGGAAGCGGAAUAUCACGCGAAUCAUACAGAGCCAUGUUUGAAGGAGUCGAGAAGCUUGGAAGAGCUCAGAAUGUGGGAACACAAAGGUAGCACACGACGAUGGAUAGACAUGACAGAACUUAAAGGGAAUUAUAUCCUUGAUGACGUGUACGACAAAGCCGACGUCGUCGAUAUUCGUUCGUCUUUAAAUAAAAGGUGUUCCGGCCAGAAACAUUGUCGCUUUAAUGCGACCAUCGAUCAACCAGGAGCGCAUUCUUGGCUUCCAGGUGGAAUCUUACUAAAAUACGCCUGUAUACCGGAAGCUGCGGUUAAGCGAUAUUGUAACCAAGAGGUGAAGGUGAUCACCGAGGAAGGCGGUUACAUCAACACACCGGGCUACCCGCUAUACUAUCUCGGAGAAAGCACUUGCGGGUGGACCUUCAGGACAUUUCCGGGUCAGAAAAUAGUCCUGACCUUCCACGACUUGAACAUCCGCGGCCCGCAGAUGGAUGGAAGCUGCGUAGACAUCGUGCGAGUGCGAGAUCGUGGCAGCACUCUCUUCGAGUUCUGCGGCACCGCGGCGGGCACUCGGAUUGUCUCAAACUCGAACGUGUUAACGCUCGACUUCAUCGCUUCCAAGAGACUCUACAGUGCCCGAGGCUUUUUAUUGCAAUACCAAGUAUUAGGCUGUCCGGAGGUCUUAGCGCCGAACGGAAGUUACGUGUCCAACGGUACAUUGACUUCGCGGACAUUCUUAUGCAAGUCGGGCAGCGUGUUUUCCGACAGCAUGGAAAGAAAAAGAACGCUCGAGUGUAAGAAUGGCAAAUGGAACGAGACUACCACCAAGUUACCUGGUUGCGUCGCCACGUCAGCGGUGAUCCUAAAGACGGAGAACGAGCAUCGUCAUCUGUCGAGCCUAUCUGGGGACAAUAUUGUCGGGACGGGGGUAAGAAUAGGACGCGGCGAGGACGCAGUCGCGAGUGGUAGCAGCAACCCCGUUAUGGAUUCGGCGCAAUCGGCCAUGAUGAAGCAGGCGGACUACGUCGUAGACGUUGUGCUGCCAACGGUCCUAAUUGCUUUGCUGUUCGUCGGCAAUGCGAUCAUUGUGUACAUCAUUUUCCAAUAUAGAAAGAGAAGAGUUCCAGCCACAUCGCAAGCCGAAGAAAUGUCUCUUCGAGGUUUAGCGGAUGUGCCCCAAGUGUGAUCCCAGGAACACAGACUGAUCACGCACCAGUGGCCACCGGUACUUGCGAGGAAUCAUCGAUGUCCACAUGGAAGUUAUCGCAAAAAUCUCCCACAGGGUCGACUCUCAAAGAACUUCGAAGUUAUCGCAAUGAUUCCGCGCAAUUAAUUAAAAUAAAGUCACAGCGAGGGAAGAAAAGAAUGUGUCUUUUCGUAACAUUUGAGGACAAUGUCGUACAUGAUUUUACUGUGCAUUUUUUAGUGCAGAAAGUGACUGUCUAAAUUCUGAAAUUUUCUCUUAUAUGUUCAUAUUAAUUUAGAGAAAAUUCAAAAUUAGACAACACUAUUUUUAAUGUUGUGUAAUAAAAGUGCAUGAAGAAUCAAUCAGUGAAAAAUUAGCUUAGAAACAUGCUUCGACGCAUUUGCAUUUUUCUUGUAUAUUUAAUGUUAAAUAUAUUCAAUUGCCAUCUCAUGUUUACAGUAAAUGCAUCUUUAAACUUAUUUUUUAAGACUUCAUUUAGAGAAAUAAUAUUCAGAAAUAUAAACAGCCACUUCUAGUGCUAAAAUAGGACCCAGUGUUCUCAGAUGCCGUUUUAUAAACGGAUUAUAUUGGUUCGAUACUGUAUAACUCACGAGCCUAUUACAUCAUGACCUUACACAUACUUACAUUACUCUGUAUCAUAAUGUAAGGAAAUAAUAUAUUCUAUAUUUCGUCCAAUUUGAAUAAGUUAAAAAUAAAUGUUUUCUUAGUA